AUGUGCUUGUUUGUGAUUAUUACCACGACUACGGUUGCCAUUGCAUCGGCUUUGACAGUGGAUCUCUCCUUAGCCUCCUGUCCUAAUGUGACAGCCCUGAACACCACACAGGCAUUUGAUGGAGACGGAGACGAUUUCCUACCAAUAAAUGCUUCUGAUGGCCCUAUUUUUGGCGUAGAGGUGGUUGCGGCGUCACCGGACACUAGCUUUGAAACUAUCAUAUGCCUCCUCGUCGCACCUGGAGACAAGGAGGCAGUCCUUGAGCAAGUGGCCACGCCGCAAAGCCCUUACUUUGGUGACCAAAUUGGUUGGGUAUAUUGUUAUGAUAAUCUCGAUGACUCGAACUCAUUAGACGAAAACGGGAGUUCAUAA